UUCAGUGUUCAGCUGGUAAAAGCGAACAUUAUUCAGAUGGCUGCUGGAUAUGAAAAAAUGGAGGUGAAAAAGCAAGAGUACCAUGCAGUAGCGGGAGCAUCUUAUCCAGAUGAGAAAAGGGCGGGUAAUGUAAUUGCAAGUCAACCUGCAGCAAUCUCUGGUAUUGAAAACUAUGUCAUAGAUCUAGAUGCUAGUCAAGUUGCAGCAUGGAGCACUCAAGAUGUUAUAAAUAAUUUUGUGGAGAAGAUUGGUUGUGGUUAUGCCAAUGAACUUUUCUUAGCUAACAAAAUUAAUGGAAAAUCUCUUAUGUUAUUGAGAGAGGAUCAUCUUAAAGAAAUGGGUGUUCAAGCCAUUGGUGACAGAGUAUAUAUGUUGGAAAUGAUCGGUCUGUUAAAGAAAAAAAAGAAGGAGUUAGAAACUUCAGUUGCAUUGUGGAGCGGAGAAAUGCCUGCACCUGGUUGUGCAAACAGCAAAAAUUGUGGACAUUGUCUACGCAGAUAUUUAUGUCCUUGUUGUGUCAGUCGAACAUACUGGAAAGUUACUGGUCAAGGUGUAUUUUAUCGCAAAGUACCACCAUGCAGACAAUAUUUUGGCACAAUUUCGACGGAAUAUAUGGAUUAUCGAUUCUUCAAAGAUCUUGAGUUAAAAGAAGAACAUGCCUGCUGUUGCUUCUGUGCACGUUAUCGUCUUGAACUUUAUGUUGACGAUAAAGACAACAAAGCUGCUGAAAGAGCGGAACCAGGAUCAGCAUUCCCCGUACCUCAUGAAUUAAUUCAUCCAGAAGCACCCAAAGUAGAAAAAAUCAUCCGCAAUGCAUGGAAUGCGGCAAGAUUAGUGUCAGAAUAAAAUAUAUCUCUUUGUUUGUAAUACUAUUGAAAUAGGGUGUCUGUAUUUUUAGCAAAAUUAUUUGCACAAAUUGGUGUGGAGUUUUUCUUUGUUAUAAAGUCUUAAAUAAACUAUGGGAGAUGAUCUUCAAAAUAAUCUAUUUGUUUUCAUAGUUCAAUAAUUUUUAUGACUGAUUUUAUUAGUUCAAAGCAAAAUUAAUUUUUUGUAUUUAUAUUUAUUAUUUUCGAUAUCGCACUUUCACCUAAUUACACAAAAAAGGAAUUUCAAGUUAAACAAAAAGAUUUUGUGAAGGAUUUUGUUCAAACAAUGUCUUACUUUCUUUAAACUUAAUCAAGUUUUUACUUGCAAUAAUUGUCUGUACCAUUUAUACUUUGUCAAUAUAUAUUCAAAAUUCAGUUAUUUUUUGUAAUAAAUUUCACACAUGAAUUGUGUAUUGGA